AUGGAGCUUGAGAAUAUUGUUGCUAACACUGUCUACAUAAAGGCGAAAGAGAGUGAUAAAGGUCGAAGUAAAAAGUGGAGAGAUAUUUUGGCUUUUCCUCACAUAACCUACAUUUUCUCUGACAUUGCAGAUGUUUCUUACAAUUAUAUUGUUCUACAACAGCCGAUUGGGAGGAAGCUGUUCUGGUGUUACUGCCAUUCAAAGCCGGCAUUGAAGAAUCUAAUUGAGCUAACUGCAAAAUUAAGCACUUUCCUACUGAAUGCACAAACGAUGUUAUGGAUCGCAUUACUAAUCUUUCCAUAUCGGAGAGCCCCCCUCGAGGAUUAUUUACCGAUCUGGUCAAGUAACUUCCUUUUUCAAUGUUUUUCUUUUAGUCUGGCUGAAUCUUGGCUUAGAUUCACGGUUUUUUUCGCGUUUACUAAAACUAUGUAUUUUGACCGUUACCUGCAAUGGAAAUGGCUCGAGAUGCAACCUGUCACGAAGGGAACAUUUCGUAUGUACCGAGUGCUAGGUAAAGGUGGUUUUGGAGAGGUGUGCGCCUGUCAGGUCAGGGCAACAGGAAAGCUCUAUGCCUGUAAGAAGUUGGAGAAAAAGCGGAUUAAAAAACGACAUGGAGAGCAAUUAGCCUAUGCCGAGAAGAAGAUUCUUCAGAAAGUGAAUUCGCGUUUUGUUGUGAGCCUGGCUUACACCUUUGAGACGAAGGAUGCGCUGUGCCUUGUGUUGACCAUCAUGAACGGAGGUGACCUUAAGUUUCACAUCCACAAUAUGGGCAUCACAGCGGGCUUCUCCGAGAGUCGAGCGCGCUUCUACGCUGCUGAAAUUACUUUGGGGUUGGAGCACCUCCACUCGCUGCGCAUCGUCUACCGUGACCUCAAACCCGAGAACAUUCUCAUUGACGAUCAAGGUCACCUUCGGAUCUCGGACCUCGGUCUGGCGGUAGAGAUCAACCCUCACACCUCUCUCAAGGGUCGAGUGGGCACUGCAGGCUACAUGGCUCCAGAAGUGAUUCGGGGUGAACGCUACACUUUCAGCCCCGAUUGGUUUGGUCUUGGUUGUAUCGUCUACGAGAUGAUAAUGGGACAACCGCCCUUUCGCAAGCGACGGGAACGCCUCAAACGCGAGGAAAUCGAUAGGCGGGUCUGUGAGGACGCCGAGGCCUACAACCAACGCUUUAGUGAUGUCGUCCGCGAUUUCACCUCCUCUCUUCUGCAGAAGGACAAGACCCUCCGGCUGGGCUGUGAUGAACGGGGAGCAAGCGGUGUGAAGGCGCAUCCCUGGUUUCAAGGUACAAAUUGGAAACGCCUUGAAGCUGGCCUUGUCGAACCUCCUUUCACUCCCGAUCCUCAUGCUGUUUAUGCCAAGGAUGUUCUCGACAUAGAGCAGUUUUCGACGGUCAAAGGUGUGAAAAUUGAGGCAGAGGACAUCAACUUCUAUCGAAAGUUCUGCUCCGGUGCCGUCUCCAUACCUUGGCAGCAGGAGAUGAUAGAGACGGAGUGUUUCGAUGAUCUUAACGUCUUCUGCAACCCCGACGGCAGUUUGGUGGCCAAUUUGAACGAUCAAAUGCCCCCAUUGGACGAGAACUCGACUAGUUCUUCGUGCUGCUUCCACUUCUCGGCCAGUAAUAGUGCUGGUAGUGGUGGGGUUGGGGAGCGCAAGUCGCGUGCACACAGUCGUUCUGGCCGUCGUAGCACCGCAGAUCCUAAUAACGCCACUGAGGGUCCUCUCAUGGACCCCACACCUCUUCCUCCCACCUCCGCAGUGGUGGUUGCGGACCCUCUCGAGGGCGUUGGACCGCCACUUGACGAGGUUAUCAUCUCCCACGACGGCUCUGGCGAGGCUCUUCUCGAUCUUGCUGUUCAGCGAACCAAAGCUCUUGCCUCUCACCUUAAGGUUCCAGAUUCGCCUCUCAGGCGAAAUGUGAUCUCUUCUCCUUCCUCCUCUCCCUCCUCCUCUUCUUCCUCCGCCGCCUCCUCCGCCUCCGCCGCCUCCUCCUCCUCCUGA